AGCUGGAGGCCAUCAAGAGAUCGUCAAGCUACUCCUAACUCAGGACGCGGACGUCAACUCGCAGGGCGGCAGAUACGGCAACGCUCUACAAUCCGCCUCAGCUAGAGGCUAUCAUCCUAGGGACGAGAAGGAGCGUAUCGAGCACAUCGGUGGCGGCUUGUUAGUAGGCUCAUGUCACUGGGUCCUCGACUACCCAGACUUCCGACAUUGGUGCAGCGAUGAACGGAGCCCGCUGCUCUAGAUCAAUGGUGCUCCCGGCAUGGGAAAGACCAUGCUUUCAUGCGAAAUGAUCAACAAGCUCAAAUCCACUCCUGACCUCGGCCUUCUCUCGUUCUUCUUCUGCUAAGCCACCGACUAGCGCUUGAAUAAUGCCGUGGUUGUCACGCGUGGCUGUCAUGCGUGGCCUAAUCUUCCUUCUUGUGGACCAAUAGCCAUCGUUGAUCGUUCACGUGCGGCAACUGUGACAGAUCCGAGCCUACCUCGCAUGUGUCUAAUCAUCGAAGCUCUCGACGAGUGUGUGGAUUUGACCCUACUCGUCAACCUUGUUGUCCAGACGUCAUCGACUUGCCCCAGUGUCAAAUGGAUCGUUUCCAGUCGUAAUACGUGGAGCAUCAAGGAGCGUCUCGACGCCGACGCCGUGAAGCAGAAAGCUAGGCUGUCCCUUGAAUCAGCCGAGUGGCCCGUCUCGGAAGCUAUCACCGAAUACAUCCAUAUCAAGGUGGAGGUCUUGGCGUGGCGCGACAAGGACGAUAAUGCUACUUGGGGCGUCGUCAAGCGUUGCUUGUCCGAAAACGGACAUGGAAACUUCCUCUGGAUAUCCUUAGUCUUCCAGGAAUUCGAGAAUACCCCGAGAUCGGAGGUUCAAACGAAGUUGGCGAGGUUACCCGAUACGAUCAUGGGACUAUACAGAACAGGGAUGAACCGGCUCCGCGAAUCCAACAAUAACAAGCUCUACAGAAAGAUACUGGCUGUUGUCUCGGUCGCGGAAAAUCCGAUUACUUUGGACGAGCUGGCAGUCGUCGUCGAUACCCUCGACGGCUUAUCUGGCCAUUACGAUGCUCUUGCAGAGAUUACAGGGCUUUGCAGCCCUUUCCUAAGACUUUACGAAUACACUGUAUCAAUCGCCCAUCUGUCCGCCAAGGAUUUU